UCUUGUGAUAAAACCCCCUGACGCUUGGCAGAACCCAAUGAAACGUUCGACUCUCAUCAAUGGCGCCCAAAAUCCUCUCCACUUUCAUCUCUCCUCUUCCUCUCCCUCUCCCUCACCAUCUUACCAACCUCCAUUCCCGAGUCCUCACCGUUCACAAGUCACCACCUCGUCUUAUCUUCUGCAAAUCCACACCACCGCACAGGCCCCUCAUCUCCCCACCCGAACUCGCCGAAUCCGAAUCCGAAUCCGAAGGCGCCGGAGCUGCAUCCCCGACCCGCGGAGAUAAGUUCCUCUACCGCCAACGGUCCGUCGAGGCCGCGAAGCUCGUGAUGAAAGAGAUUCAGCCGAAAGGCCCGAAGAAGAAGAGGGAGAAGCUCCCGAAGGUUAGCUCCGCGGUUGCUUCUUGUUACGGCUGCGGAGCUCCGCUUCAGACGUCGGAAUUGGAUGCUCCAGGUUACAUCGAUCCUGACACUUACCAAUUGAAGAAGAAACACCACCAGCUUAGGACGGUGCUCUGCCGGAGGUGCCGGCUCCUGUCUCAUGGCCACAUGAUAACCGCAGUCGGUGGAAAUGGUGGUUAUUCUGGUGGAAAGCAGUUUGUUACUGCUGAAGAGCUGAGAGACAAGUUAUCUCACUUGCGUCAUGAAAAAACACUCAUCAUCAAAUUGGUUGACAUUGUUGACUUCAAUGGCAGUUUUUUGUCUCGUGUACGUGAUCUUGUUGGUGCAAAUCCCAUCAUAUUGGUUGUAACAAAGGUGGAUCUACUUCCUAAAGGGUCUGAUCUUAACUGUAUUGGUGAUUGGGUUGUUGAAGCUACUACCAAGAAAAAGAUCAACGUUCUUAGCGUCCACCUAACUAGUUCGAAGUCAUUGAUUGGGAUUGCUGGAGUUGUUUCAGAAAUUCAAAAGGAGAAAAAGGGACGGGACGUUUACAUCCUGGGUUCAGCCAAUGUGGGCAAAUCUGCAUUUAUCAGUGCUUUACUGAGGCUGAUGGCAGAGAAAGACCCUAUUGCUGCAGCAGCUACGAGAUAUAAACCUGUAGAAUCUGCUGUCCCUGGAACAACCUUAGGGCCAAUUCAAAUUGAGGCUUUCCCAGGGGGAGGGAAAUUGUAUGACACACCAGGAGUGCAUCUCCACCAUAGGCAAGCGGCAGUUGUUUAUGCUGAAGAUCUACCUGCUCUUGCUCCUCAAAAUCGGCUUAGAGGUCAAACGUUUCCGGUCACUAGUGGUGCUGAACCCAGUUGCUUAAAUGGAUUUUCAGUAUUUUGGGGAGGCCUUGUUAGGAUUGACAUUUUAAAGGUUCUUCCAGAAACAAAUCUAACAUUUUAUGGACCCAGAGGUUUACAGAUUCAUGUGGUACCCACUGCCAAAGCAGACAGGUUUUACCAGGAAAAUCUCGGAGUACUCUUGACUCCUCCAACUGGUAAAGACAGAGCAUGCAACUGGAAAGGCCUCGAAACAGAGCGUCAGUUGCUUAUUAAGUUCAAAGAUAUAGACAGGCCUGCUUGUGAUGUGGCUAUAUCUGGUCUUGGGUGGAUAUGUGUUGAACCAGUGAAAAGGUCACUUGGAAAAUCUGAGUUAGCUUACAAGGAAACACCCAAAGAACUGCAUUUUUCAGUCCACGUUCCUCGACCUGUUGAAAUAUUUGUUAGACCUCCUAUGCCAGUGGGCAAGGCUGGAGCAGAGUGGUAUCAAUACCAAGAACUGACGGAGAAGGAAGAGGAAGUGAGACCUAACUGGAACUUUUGAUGCUUUAGUUUCUGUGACUACUUGUACAUAAUUCAUGAUGGACGCACUCACAGUGGAAUUGGAGCUUGUUACCUGAGCUCGUUCUUGCGAACUGGAUAGCUGACUCAGGUUUCAGUACGUAUCUUGGAGUUUCUGGGCUUGCGAUGAAAGUUGAUGUUACAUUCAGCGAUGAAGCUGGACAUGUUUCAGCACGGGUUCUCUCAAUAUCGUAGGGACCAAGGCAUGAACUAAUUGGAAGGUCUCCACCUGACCCCCCAGGGCUGAGCUCUCACGAUACCUCCAGAUAUGGAAGUGCGUUAUUUUUUUUGCAUGUUCAUACCUCAAUGUGUAAAUUGUAACAGCGUCAGAUGAUAUGAAAUGCCAAAUUUCUGAUUAAAAUCAGUUUUUGAUUCUUAUUGACA